AUGACAAAAGUUCAUCAACAAUCGCUUUUAUUGGGAAUUUUUAUUGGUUCAGCGUUCGUUUUGAUUCUGCUAAUGGUCAUUUUACCUUCGAUCGAGAUGAAUUAUCCGUUCGAGGAAGCAUUUUCGACGACCAAAAAUGAGUUUUUAUCACUAAAAGAACAUUCAAGUUUAACGAAUGAAUCAACAAUAAAUUUGAAUGAAAAAGUGCGAAUAUUAUGCAUGGUUUUUACUCACGAGAAGAAUUUCAAGGAAUGGGCUUAUAUGGUGAAACAAACAUGGGGCGCGAAAUGCACAAAAUUACUUUUUAUGUCGAAUGUGACGGAUUCAAACAAUUUGAUCGAUGUCACUGUGCUGGAUUUGGUUGAAUCUCGAGAUACUUUGUGGAAAAAGACGAAAUUGAGUUUUAAUUAUGCUUAUCAACAUCAUCUUUAUGAGUUUGAUUGGUUUCUAAAAGCUGAUGAUGACACAUAUAUCAUCAUGGAAAACUUACGACAUUACCUUUAUCCAUAUCCAUCGGAUCUUCCAUUAAUUUUCGGAUUUCAAUUCAACACUCAUUUCGUAUCAGGCGGAGCAGGAUACAUUUUAUCACGAGAAGCUGUAAAAAUUUUCAUCGAAAAAGCAAUUUACGAUACGGAAAAAUGUUCACAAAUCGAUGGCGGUGCCGAAGAUGCUGAAAUUGGGCAUUGUUUGUAUAACGUAGCAAAUGUAACAUUUGGAGAUACACGCGAUGAAUUUGGAAAAGAAAGAUUUUUUCCUGUCAGUUUACAAUGGUUAGUGAACGACAAACCAGCUGAUCUCAAAUUUUGGUAUUGGUCGAGUGCAGAAUAUUAUCACAAUGAAACGGGACUCGAAUGUUGUUCGAACACGUCAAUAGCAUUUCAUUAUAUGAAACCUGUGGAUAUGUUGACGAUGGAAUAUUUGCUUUAUCGGUUCAAAGUGCACGAAAUGGAAGUAAAAGUUAAGGAUUUGCCGGUUAAGUUUAAAAAAGAAGAUGCUGAUGUAAUGUUUCCGAGAAAAAAUAUUGGAAAAAAGCCAAAAGAAAAAUAA